AUGUCAUUGGCUCGUGCUUAUCUCGGAAUGCAAUGCUUCUGGGGAGAGUCAGCAUUUGCCAAGCUAAAAGGUGUGAAAAAGACGCGGGUAGGCUAUGCUGGAGGUACGACCGCCAAUCCAUCUUACUGGAACAUCGGAGACCAUACAGAGGUGAUAGAAGUAACAUUUGACCCGUCCUUGAUCUCCUACCGACAGUUGCUUGACUUUUUCUGGGCUCAUCAUAAUCCAGCUAAAAGACGGAAGAAGCAAUAUCGGUCAGCUAUCCUUUACGAGACUGAGGAAGAGAAGAUGGUCGCCGAGUUGACAUAUGCUCAGGCUAAGUUGAACGCCUAUUGCGCUGGAUAUAAAGAAUUUUCCGAGUUGGAAGAAUUGAGGAAACAAAAUGGGCUCAGUGACGCUUUAGUAGAACGAGUGAAGCAGUACGCCUUAUCUGGCGGUGAUCCGAGUGCUUGUCACUAA